AGCCCGGGUUGCCGGCCGACGGCGGGAGCGCGCUCCGGGGGGUGGGGACGCGAGCUCCAGGCUGCUGGAUGACAAAUCGGCUGGGGACUGCUGGGGUCCGGCCCCAGGACGGGGCGGGGCGCGGGUGAGAGCGGCGGGGCCGGGUGUGCGAAAGGCCAGCGGCGGGACGGGUCCCCCAGCAGCUCCCCAUCUUGGUCAACUGUCCCUGUGUCACCAGCUCAGAAAAUCAGCAGGAUGGCUGCCAACAAGAGCAAGAGUCAGAGCUCCCUGGCCCUUCACAAGGUCAUCAUGGUGGGCAGCGGAGGAGUUGGCAAGUCAGCCCUGACACUUCAGUUCAUGUAUGAUGAGUUUGUAGAAGACUAUGAGCCCACCAAAGCCGACAGUUACAGGAAGAAAGUGGUCCUGGAUGGAGAGGAGGUGCAGAUAGACAUUCUGGACACUGCUGGCCAGGAGGACUAUGCAGCCAUCCGUGACAACUACUUCCGGAGUGGAGAGGGCUUCCUGCUGGUGUUCUCCAUCACGGAGCACGAGUCCUUCACGGCCACGGCUGAGUUCAGGGAACAAAUCCUCCGAGUCAAGGCCGAGGAAGAUAAAAUUCCACUGCUGGUUGUGGGCAACAAGUCUGACCUGGAGGAGCGGAGGCAGGUGCCUGUGGAUGAGGCCCAGAGCAAAGCGGAGGAGUGGGGUGUGCAGUAUGUGGAGACAUCAGCCAAGACGCGUGCCAACGUGGACAAGGUGUUCUUUGACCUAAUGAGGGAAAUCCGAGCAAAGAAGAUGUCAGAAAACAAAGACAAGAGCGGGAAGAAAAGCAGCAAGAGCAAGAAGAGUUUUAAAGAGCGGUGUUGCUUGCUCUGAAAGGCAGCAGUGAGGAGGAGGACACAGGGCUGGCCAGGCAGGAGGCUGGAGGCAGGCUGAGGUGCUUCUGUCUAGGCUCCUGCUGUCCCCAGCCUUAUUCUUUUGCACUUCUUUAAAUGGAGACAGAUAUUUGUGACUCAGUGGCUGACUGAAGAAAGACACCCUUGUCUAUGCAAUGGAUCUGUUUUUAACUUUUCAGGAGCUUUGAGAGUCUCUUCCGUCCCUCCCUCUUUCCUUCCCUCCCUCCAUUUCUCCCUUCCUUCCGCCCUCCCAGCAGACAGCCUAACUCUAGUUGUGUAGUGCAGGAGGUAGGAAACAGCUAUGUAGUGAUUACAAAGAAAGAGUAUUGUCACUGCAUCCUGUUCCCCCUAGUUUUAGAGCAUGUCUCCCAUCUUCUGUUUAGAAAUUAAAAUGCCUCAUUUUAUCGGGGCGUGGUGGUACACACCUGUAAUCCCAACACUUGGGAGGCUGAGGUAGGAGGAUAGCCUUGAGUUCAAGGCCAGUCUAGGCUACCUAGCAAGACCUUCUGAAAGAAAAAGUAAAUGUCUUGUUUUAGUAGGUUUUAGAGGGCCUGGGGUAAUCCCCCCUCUCAACCCUUAUCAGCUUAGAAGUCACAGAAAAAUCCAUUAAGCUCUAAUAACACUGAAAAAAGUGUGUGUGGGGUGGAUCUUUCCUUCUUUCUUUUUUUAAAGAUAAACUUCUGUGACUUUUGAGGUAUAAUUAGGAAAAUGAACUUGAGUUGGGCCCAGAUAGACCCAUCUGAAGCUCUCUCAUGUCUGAAAAGUGAAAGUUGGGAGUUCCCUUUAGAGUUAAGCAGUGGCCUGCUGCAGUGGGCUUUUCCUCCUUGGCAUCCUUUGCUGAGCGGACUUUCUUUUGGGAAGGCUGCCUGUUCUUUGUAGGCAGCAUACUCUUCUCAUGUCCUCUAUCAAGGUCCCCUCCCAUGCCAGCCACACUGCUGGGCCCUCUCCACUCUGCCAGCACAGGUUCAACACACCUCUUCUUUUUUUCAUUCUUCUGAAGAAUGUCACAAGUUCAAAUUGUGCCCCAGAAUCAUGAAGCCAGAGCCAGUGCAGGCCUGUCUGCUACCUCCCCUAGAAUCGCUUGGUGACUCUCAAUUUCAUUAGAAGUGGAGAAAGAUGAGGGAGGCCAUAGCCUGUCACCUAAUGCGGCUGCUAGUUCUGAUGUGACUGCCUGGAGAGCCUGCACUCACUCUCCCUCUGGCCCUGCAAAGCUUCGUCAUCAGGAAGGGGACACACAGACAGAAGCUGGCCACUGAGCACAUUCCCCCCAUUUUUUAGAAGUGAAUAUUUCAUGUUUAGGUGCCAAAUGUGAAUCUGGGUGGGGAGAGCGGGAGCCCUUGGAGUGGAGUGUUUUUAUGGAGAUUGUGGGAAUUAGGUUCAGACUCCUGGAAACUGAUCUUGUAUAACCUCCAAAGAAUCAAGGGGCUUUUUCGAAUAAAAAACAAACAAACAAAAAAAAUCAAAAUGAA